UAAGGCCGGGAUGAAACAUGCAACCGUUCAAACACAUGGUAGAAGCGUUUAAUUGUUAGGUGCAUUGCAUCUCAACGUGCGAUUUUCUAUAUGUUAAAUCUCUCAAAACUAACAAGGUUGUGGUGUGAGCAAAUUAGCCAGGUUCUGUUCAGGUGGUUGGUUUUGUUGGUAUGCGAUGAUGAACACGCAACUUUGCACGCGGCCACAACAUUAUACACAAAGCCGAACUCCACCUCCUAGAAAUACCCAUCCUUACCAAGCUCCAUAUAAUCCCCAAUCAAAUGUUCCCCAGUACAAUCCUCGGCCAAGAAAGCCUUUCAAAAGGAAUCAGUUCACCCCUAUUGGUGAAUCAUACUCGGGCUUGUUCCAAAAGCUAGUCAGGCGAGGUCUGCUACAACCAGUGGCCCAAAAUCGGCCGAACGCAGAGUCCCCCUCGCACCAAGCUGAUGCUAGAUGUGAAUACCACUUUGGAGAAGUGGGACACAAUACAGAGGACUGUUGGAGCCUCAAAAGGGCAGUAGAAGAUAUGAUUGAAGCUGAAAGAAUUAUUUUUCGGGAUGAAGAAGCUCCUGAUGUGAUGAACAAUCUAUUGACUGCCUACAACAUCGGGCCAGUAUUUGGAAUGAUUUGUGAAGAUGAUGAAUUUGAUCCGGCACUGAAGGCCGUUGCAGCCAUUGCCGAGACAGAAGAAAAGCCAAAAAACGGUGGCCAAGCAUGAAAGGUCCCCAUCAUACGGGAGUCUUAGUAGCUAGUCUUGCUAUCAUUUCUGCGUCCGGAUUAUCCCAGGGUGUGAUCUGGAUGUUUUACUCUAUUGUCUUACUUUCCGAUAUUUCAAUAACAUGACAUGCUUGCGGACUUCAU